UGUAUUUCUGAAAAAAUUGCAGGGGAUCCGGACCCCAUCGGACACCCCCUCUGGCUACGGCCUUGCUUGGCGAAAGCAUCCUUGGAGAAAAGUUAAUAAUUAUGUAUCUUCUUUACUUUCAGAUCCUCAAACCGGAUAAAUUUCUUCAGAUUUUCUCAAGUAUCCAUGGUUCUUUGUGGAAUGUGGCCUCUUCAAUUAGAUAACCCAUAUUUACAACAUGCUUAUGAGGCUUACAGAUUACUAAUGAGAUUUGAGGUUAUUGGUUCACUCCUGCUAUGUGGACCUAUAACAGUGCCUUAUGCAUUUUUCAUUGACAAAUCUUUAUUCAGCGAAACGCUGAGCUAUGAAAUACAGUACAUCACUCUACUCUUGAAAGUUUGGGUUUUUGAAUCUGAAGCUGCCAGGAACUUGCUCACUGAAUCACUGAAUAUAGAGCAAAGGAUGGAAGCUUCUAGAGUUCCUGAAAAUUUGAAGAUCCUGAGGAAGAACAAGAGGAUCAAUUUCAAAUUGUCAAUCAUUUAUAGCUUGAUGAUUAGCAGUGCUUUCAUAAUGUUUUGCUAUGCCUUGCUUUUUCAGACGGAAACUAGUUGGAAGGAGGUUGAACGUAAUCUCAACGGAACCCAAAUUUUGAAAUCGGUCAAAAGACAGCCUAUUGUAUUUACUCUGCCUUAUAUGAGUGGAGCAUGGUUUUAUGCAGGGAUGGCUGCACAGACUUUGGGCGUCAUAUUCGUGAUACUUUAUUCUAUCGCCACACAAUCUAUCUUUUUCUCCUAUGUGACAUUCACUGUGGCACAAAUUCAGGCACUGAAGUAUUCUUUGAAGGAAUUCGAGAGUAAUGUGGAUUAUUCGAUUGAUCCGAAUAGAGAGCAUUGCAUAAUGCAAUCAUUGAAACGUAAUACAAUUACCCACCAAGAACUAAUCAAGUACGUCAAAUUUCUUGAUGGUUUCUUAAAAUAUCCCAUAUUGUUCGAUUUCGCUUUUUAUUCUUUGCAAAUUGGUGCAACAGUCAGCAAAAUAUUGUCAGAGAUAAAACAUUCUGAAUAUUCCGCUGUAUUGUUUCAUAUCAAUUAUCUUUGCUUCAAUUACUUAGGAUUGCACUUCAACUACACAAGUGCAUAUGAAAUAAUAUCCGAGAGUUCCAGUCUCUCGAUGGCCAUAUAUGAGAGUAAAUGGUAUAAACAAGAUGUCAACGUUCGGAAAAACUAUAUAAUGAUGAUGAGACAAAUGAGACAUCCUUUAUGUUUGCAUAUUGGACCUUUAUAUGCCAUGUCGAACGAAAUAUUAAUACUGAUCAUCAAGGCAGCUUAUUCUUAUGUCACUUUGCUGAGUAAAUCAUCAGAGUAGGAUUGAAUGGAAUAACAAAGAAUGUCAUUUGAAAAAUACACCGAGUACAUCUACCAGAGCAUAAAUACUAAUAGAUGCUUCUAUAAUCAUGUAAAAUUCACUCACUUUAUGCAAUCCUGAAAAUUUUCAGGAGAAUUUCCUUUCAACCGCACAGUGAGAAAGUAAAAAUACAAGUUAUAUAAAUCUCUCGACUCAAUCAAAUUCCGCCAAUUCUACAAUGAAUUUUAUCUUCAUUAUGGAUUCUUUGAACUUGAAAAUCUGAAGAGUGUUCCAAUUUCGAGUCCCUAUUGGAUGUUUCUGAAAAACUGGGCUUAAGUUUUGAGAACUGGGAUUAUGAUAUUCUUUACUGAGUUAUUUUUGUGCCCAAAGGACUUCAGAUUAUAAGGGUAGCUAAUGAAAAUAAUUUUUCCCAAAAAAAAUUUUAUUAAUUUUUCUAUCUGAUAUUUAUUUAUUGAUUUAUAUUGUUACAAACAGACGUAAUCUAAUUACAUGUAGCAGUGUGAAAGAAAUAUAACUAAAAAAUAUAUGAUAUGAUUGAGUAUUCAAUUCUGAAUGCUUUUUGUUGCAACUGUUGAAUAGCUCCGAAGAGUUUUCAAAAUAUUUUUGUACACAAACUUUAACUUCAAACUUCUCUAUCUCUUUUGCAGUUAGGCCAUUCCUAUUAGCCUUUCACCGCUUCAUUUCAGUGUUAUUCACCUCUGGCA